AUGAUGUCAUGUGUCCUACUUAUUCAGUACGACAAACCACCUAAUAUCAGUCAGUACGACAAACCACCUAAUAUCAGUCAGUACGACAAACCACCUAAUAUCAGUCAGUACGACAAACCACCUAAUAUCAGUCAGUACGACAAACCACCUAAUAUCAGCCAGUACGACAAACCACCUAAUAUCAGUCAGUACGACAAACCACCUAAUAUCAGUCAGUACGACAAACCACCUAAUAUCAGUCAGUACGACAAACCACCUAAUAUCAGUCAGUACGACAAACCACCUAAUAUCAGUCAUCAGUACGACAAACCACCUAAUAUCAGUCAGUACGACAAACCACCUAAUAUCAGUCAGUACGACAAACCACCUAAUAUCAGUCAGUACGACAAACCACCUAAUAUCAGUCAGUACGACAAACCACCUAAUAUCAGUCAGUACGACAAACCACCUAAUAUCAGUCAGUACGACAAACCACCUAAUAUCAGUCAGUACGACAAACCACCUAAUAUCAGUCAGUACGACAAACCACCUAAUAUCAGUCAGUACGACAAACCACCUAAUAUCAGUCAGUACGACAAACCACCUAAUAUCAGUCAGUACGACAAACCACCUAAUAUCAGUCAGUACGACAAACCAACUAAUAUCAGUCAGUACGACAAACCACCUAAUAUCAGUCAGUACGACAAACCACCUAAUAUCAGUCAGUACGACAAACCACCUAAUAUCAGUCAGUACGACAAACCAACUAAUAUCAGUCAGUACGACAAACCACCUAAUAUCAGUCAGUACGACAAACCACCUAAUAUCAGUCAGUACGACAAACCCCCUAAUAUUAGUCAGUACGACAAACCACCUAAUAUCAGUCAGUACGACAAACCACCUAAUAUCAGUCAGUACGACAAACCAACUAAUAUCAGUCAGUACGACAAACCACCUAAUAUCAGUCAGUACGACAAACCACCUAAUAUCAGUCAGUACGACAAACCACCUAAUAUCAGUCAGUACGACAAACCAACUAAUAUCAGUCAGUACGACAAACCUAAUACCAGUCAGUACGACAAACCAACUAAUAUCAGUCAGUACGACAAACCCCCUAAUAUUAGUCAGUACGACAAACCACCUAAUAUCAGUCAGUACGACAAACCACCUAAUAUCAGUCAGUACGACAAACCAACUAAUAUCAGUCAGUACGACAAACCACCUAAUAUCAGUCAGUACGACAAACCACCUAAUAUCAGUCAGUACGACAAACCACCUAAUAUCAGUCAGUACGACAAACCACCUAAUUUCAGUCAGUACGACAAACCAACUAAUAUCAGUCAGUACGACAAACCUAAUACCAGUCAGUACGACAAACCAACUAAUAUCAGUCAGUACGACAAACCACCUAUUAUUAGUCAGUACGACAAACCACCUAAUAUCAGUCAGUACGACAAACCACCUAAUAUCAGUCAGUACGACAAACCACCUAAUAUCAGUCAGUACAACAAACCAGGACAGAUAUAA